UAUUGCUCAGCCGCUGCAGUGUGAGGACCGACCGAGUGGGGCGAGACUCCGCGGAAACAGGAAGUGUCGAGGGACAGGCGCUUGGAGCAGUUCCGAUGACUGUCCACAACCUGUACCUGUUUGACCGGAAUGGAGUGUGUCUGCAUUACAGCGAGUGGCACCGCAAGAAGCAAGCGGGGAUCUCCAAGGAGGAGGAGUACAAGCUGAUGUACGGGAUGCUCUUCUCUAUCCGCUCGUUUGUCAGCAAGAUGUCCCCGCUAGACAUGAAGGAUGGCUUUCUGGCCUUCCAAACUAGCCGUUACAAACUCCAUUACUACGAAACGCCCACUGGGAUCAAGGUUGUCAUGAAUACUGACUUGGGCGUGGGACCUAUCCGAGAUGUGCUGCAUCACAUCUACAGUGCGCUGUAUGUGGAGCUGGUGGUGAAGAAUCCCCUGUGCCCGCUAGGCCAGACUGUACAAAGUGAGCUCUUUCGCUCCCGACUGGACUCCUACAUCCGCUCUCUGCCCUUCUUCUCCGCCAGGGCUGGCUGAAGGAAGUACCCCACCUCACCUCUCGGGAGAAUCUCUGUAUGCCUGGGGCCCUUCCUAACCGGUUUCACCUAAGGGCCCCCACUGCCUGCCCUUCCCACCCCUCAAGCCCCCAGGCAGCCUACCCUAGUGCCCUCCCCCUCACCGGAAGGAAGCCUACAGGAGUCCCUACACCUCCAAACCAUGCCCUGUCUCCAGUUUUAUCCUCUACAAGAUACCGCGACAAGUACAGAAUAAACUUUGUCACUCUCUGC